AUGACUGACAGCACUGGAUCAGCCCCCGACGAUUCUCACUCCAAGAACUUGGUCCUGCUCCAAAAGGAAGGUUCACAACCGCAACCAGAACCGGAGCACUGGGCUCGGCAGCUCGUGAGAGACUAUACCAAAGGCCUGCCAUACGAAUACCGGGAGGCCCGGGUUGAGUUCCCAGAGGACCAUCCGGAUUGCCCGGUAUGCGGCAUACCGAGAGGCCUUCCGCUCUCGAUUUACGUUCUGACAUCCUGGACCAAUGUGGAGCGCCACCCAACUCUCCCGGACGUGGGAGACAACAUCGAGAAUUGUGAGCGCUGCGAGUUCAUCUGCUUCUGGUUGGUCCGCAGGAAAGGCUUACGAGAAGCCUGUGAGAACGAGAGCGGGAAGAUCACAGUCCGGAUGCGUGGCAAGGAGGCUGGGUGGAAGGAGCUAUCUUUUGCAUUGCCUCCGGGGAACGACUUCGUGAGCUCUGACGGCACCGAAAAUUUGCUAGCUAGAAGCAGAAACGGCAAGUUUGGCUUCGAAUUCAGCAGGCAAGACGAGGAGUUCACAGUGGAGCUCUGGUCCGCCAACAGAGUCAUUCCGGUAACAGCGAGCUCAGAGGAUAGACGGACCGGCACCAGUCUUCCGCCCAGGCUCCUGUACGUGGGUGCUUCUUCAACAACUGUACUCCUCAAAGAAUUUGGUCCCGACGAGCCUCUUCUCGACUACGUCACUCUCAGCUACCGCUGGGGAAGUCCAUCGAAUGCAUCUCACGUUGUCCAGACCACCAAAGAAACUCUCUCCGCCCAUCUUUCGACCGGCAUCGAGAUCGAUUCCUUACCAAAGACCAUUCGAGAUGCGGUAGAUAUCACUCGCCGUCUGGGUAUUUCAUAUCUCUGGAUCGAUCGGCUAUGUAUCGUCCAGGACGACGAGGAAGACUGGGUUCGGGAAUCGUCUCGGAUGUGCGACAUCUACGCAUCCAGUACCUUGACCAUCAGUGCCGAUGAUGCCGAGGACGACGAUGCAGGUAUCUACGGAGAACAGAGGAACCAUCGCAUGUGGAGAUACAAGUGCUUCUCAUCUGGAAACGAAGAUUACGGCAAUCCUCUUUUGUUGACAGAGAAGUGGCCGCACCCAACUCUUUCGGAUUUCACCCAGGGCGAAAUAAACACACUCAUGCUGACCGUCGACACCUCUCCGCUGACGACCCGAGCAUGGACGUUACAGGAACGGCUGAUGAGCACCCGCGUUCUCCAUUUCACGCGCUUUGAGAUAGUCUGGGAGUGCAACACGGGCACGCAAUGCGAAUGCGCUAGGGACAGUGGCUUCCAUAGCCAGAUGCUUGAAUCGAUAGAGUUCGAUCAGCUGCUCAACGACGACAAGAUUGACAGGCAACAAUGGCUCCACCACCUUUGGCACCAAGCCAAGGAAACCAGCAGCAAAACGGACGUCUACCUCGCGCCGUCAUGGAGCUGGGCUUCCCGCAUGGGCUCGAUAAGCUACUUCUCGGUCAAAGCAGCUCAUCCCCAUAGCGGCAGACCGUAUCCAUACCAGGGGGUGGAAACCACCAGUCAUAUCGAAGUGCUAGAUGCAGGGACCAGCCUGGCGACGGCAGAUCCCCUUGGCCGGGUCAAAGACGGAAGGAUCCAAGUGUCCGGUGCUGCGGUUGACUUCUAUUUCGACGGCCCCCAGCCCGAGGAUGUCGAUAUCAUCCAGCGUUACGUGAAAGUAGCGCGUUGUGCCAUGGAAUUUAAUCUUAUGGGAGUCACUGGAUAUGACGGGGAUUACAACAAUUAUACCAUUUAUGAGACGGCCAGCCAGUGCUUCAGCCAGGAAGAAGAUUCACCAGCUCUAGAGCAGUCAAAGAAGAGGACGAUUGUGGUCCGCGAUGAGAACCACCGCUGUAUUGCCUUCCAGCCGGACGAUGUUCAGGAUGUUCGAAACCACCCGGGUGAAUACAGCUCACUGGUCUGCCUCAGGGUGUCAGAACAAGCUUGGGGGACUCCGUUUCGGUUUGACGUGGGUUCGAAGCUUAAAAUCACGUAUUUCCUCUUCCUGAGGCCAUCGUCCAGAGUGCCCGGUGCGUAUGAGCGGGUCGGUCUGAUCAGAACUACUUCCAUUUUUGAAAAGGAAGAGUACGCACAGUUGGAGGAGAUUUUUAAGACCGCUGAGCCUUUGCCAUACAACAGCGUCAAGGAGGCAAACUCACCGACAAGCGCAGCGGUGCCCGAUCAUGAGAACUACCCUGAGGUCUACAACAUCAGCGAGGUCUACCCUGAAGUAGUAAGAGAUGGGACUCUGCCCGAGGCUGUCGUCAGCAACCCCGCCCAUUCCAGCAAGGAAGCCUUGGAGGUACCAGAAUUCACCGAGGAGACACGUUUGCGCCGGAACAGACUACGAAUAUCCAUACUCAUUGCGCUCCUGGUGGUCGUGUUGAUCAUAGCUAUUGUGGGAGGUAUAGUGGGCUCUGGAGUUGCCUCCCGCAGGCAGUCGACGACCGAGAUUUUGGACACAACGGCGCUGGCGUCAGUAAGCUAUAAACGGGCGGAUGGCGUGUCGCAGUACCGCGUGUACUUCCAGACGACGGAGGGGGAGCUGUGUCAGUCAGUCUGGGACUCUGAGACGGGGAAAUGGACCGUAUCGCCGUUGAGGAAGGCAAACGCCGCGAAUAUCACGGGGGAACCAGAGGUGAAACUCGGCACUCCGUUGGCUGCCCAUAUCUACGGUUCAAUUUCAAGCGAUGAGUAUGAAUACCAUCUUUUCUUCCUGGAUAUCAACAACAAGAUUUUUGAGCUGGUAUCCCAUGACCCAGACGACAUGUGGAAAUUCUCAGCCCAAGGCGCCCUGAAAGGCAACUACACCGCGGCAUCAUUUUCAAGUCUUGCGUCAUACGGUCGACAAUGCGGCGAAAACUGCGGAAACGCCUCUUCUGUUGUUGUCUGGCAAAAUGACGAUGAUAAAAUCAUGUUAGCCGGCUACGAGUCCAGCCACGGCUGGGCAUCUUUUUCCAUGAACGCCACCAUAGUACCGCCGCCUGUCCAUGGAACGAAGUCUCAGUGGAAGCAUUGA